UUCUUGCAUUCAUUAUAAAUGACGACAGAUACCUUUCCUUAUCCAACUUUUUCAUCAUCAAAUUUUCAACUAUUUCUUCUUCUCUAUGUAUUUUAUUAAUUUUCUAUCCUAACCGAUUUUUUUCCAAAGAAAUCAAAGAGUGAUUUUCUUUUUUCUUUUUUCUUUUUUUAAAAUGACUUCCAGAUUGGCUAAUGAAGUGAUUGAUGAUCCUGGCCCUGAUUUGAUCAGCAAGCUUCCUGACUCACUCUUGAGAGAGAUUAUAUCACAUUUACCAGUGGAUGAUGUUGUAAGAACAAGCAUUUUAUCAAGGCGGUGGAGCGGUUUAUGGAGGUACGUUCCUUGUCUCGAUUUUGAUCCCAAAAGAAUGAUGAAACCAAGCAAACAACUGCUUUAUCAACAACAACUCAUCUCUCGGCGACUUGGAAUCGAUACCUCGGAUGCUGAUUUGAAGAAGGAGAUUUUCCAUGCUGUUUUGUUGAUUGACAAGGUACUGUCUUCUCACAAAAGUUACUUGGUUGGCUGCAAAAUCGUUCAUUUCCCUGAUAGCUGCAGAUAUGGUAAGCUUCAGAGAUGGAUUGAGCAUCUUAUAUCACAGAAAAAGGUUCAAGAACUGUCUUUCACUUGUGAAGAUUCUCUUGAUCCCCAUCAAAAUCUUGUGGGAAGAUCUAAUGAUUUGAAAAUGAUGAGUUUACCGUCUGGGAUUUUCUCUUGUGCUUCUUUGCAUGCGCUUGAGUUGUGUCAUUACAAGCUUGAAACUGAUGUCCCUUUUCACCAUUGCCAUAACCUGAAAACCAUGAAACUCAAAUGGCUGUACCUUUCAACCCAAACCCUUGAUGGAAUCAUUUUCAGUUGUGUCUUUUUGGAGCAUUUCAGCCUUCGUUUCAGCGGCGGGUUCGACCGGGUUCGGCUUGUUAGUGACAAGGUCAAAGCCGUGGAGCUGCAGUCUUUGAGGGUGAAAGAGAUUCACUUAUCAACCAAAUCCCUUGAGGUUUUGGUGCUGGAUACUAUAAAAUGUCGAGCCAAAAAUUUGCUUAUCAAUGCCUCAAAGCUCAGAGUGUUUCGUGCAUACCGCAAUCCCAUACUUGAGAAUCCAGACAAAUUGCUCAGAUACAAAGACGAUAUGGCUUUGAAAGUCGCAGAAAUUCUAGAACACUGCAGUGGUCUAUUGAGACCUGAAAAUGAUGAAGGUGAUGACCAUGCAAUGGUCAACUCAAGUUUGUUCAAUCAGUACUUAUUGAAGCUAUUACUUGAUUUGGACUUGAACAAUAUAAGGGAAGUUUUGAUACUUUCUUUCAUUUUACGAGUAUGCACUAAUCUAAAGCAUCUUGAAAUCAAUAUACAGGAUACAACUCUAGAUCAAAGCUUAUGCAAAUCCAGUGGAAUAUUGCACUCCAAAUCAGAAGAAAAUGCCACUCGGAUUUGCUCAUUGCCGUAUCCGGAAUCGAUGCUGUGGGAUAAAAGGGAGCUUUGCGACUGUAUCACGCGCACCCUAACCGAAGUAACGAUAAAGGGAUUCAAAGGGAAGGAGAGAGAGAUGGAAUUUGUGAGGCAUCUCAUAACAAAGGCUACUGUGAUGGAGAGAAUCAACAUAUGGUGCAGUAAUAGGUGUUCAAGACAAGAAGCUGAGGCAGCCUACGGGUUAUUGUCAUUGCCAAGGUCAUCCAUUCAUGUUUCAAUUGUUCUAAAGCCAGGUUUGGCUGUGGGCAAUGCAAGUUUUCGGACAUGGCUCCUAACCCUCAACUAGUUUCACGUUUUUCGUUCUUAUUAGGAUCUGCAGUUAUAUUUCCCCUUAAGUGUGCUGUUAGACCUUAAGAGCAUGUUUGAAAUAUAUAUAUUGAAGAGCCCAA